CAUUGGUUCAGCCUCUCUCGGCCAGGAAAGGAAUUGACUAAAAAACCAACAGGUGUCAGGACCGGAGCAGGUUUGAGCUUGAGGGGAUUCUGCAGUCAGAGGAGGAAGAUGACUUGAGGUUGGCCUGAAAGAGGGCCGCCCUCCUGCGCGGAAUGCCAUGGUAAUCCUGAGGUGCUGAUGCUUUACAAUGCCUGAUCAAGACACAAAGGUGAAAAGCACAGAGAAAGCAACUGAUAAGAAGCAACAGGGGACCGCCACCAGGGACUAUUCAGAUCUUAAAAGACUCCGGUGCCUGUUGAACGUCCAGUCAAGCAAACAGCAGCUUCCAGCCAUUAACUUUGACAGUGCCCAAAAUAACAUGUCAAAGUCUGAUCCCACCAUCAAGACAGGGGGACAUAGAGCUCGUGGUCAAUGGCAUGAGUCCACAGAAGCAGUUGAACUUGAAAAUUUUAGUAUAAACUACAAGAAUGAGAGGAAUUUCAGCAAGCAUCCACAGCAUCAGUUAUUUCAGGAGAUCUUUACGGCUCUGGUGAGAAACAGACUCAUAUGCAGAGAGUGGGUUAAUCGCGCCCCAUCCAUUCAUUUUCUGAGAGUAUUAAUUUGUCUGAGGCUGCUGAUGCGGGAUCCAUGUUACCAGGAAAUACUCCAUAAAUUGGGUGGCAUUGAAGACCUCGCUCAGUACAUGGAGAUCGUGGCCAACGAGUACCUGGGCUAUGCCGAGGAGCAGCACUGUGUGGACAAGCUGGUCAACAUGACGUAUAUUUUCCAAAAACUUGCUGCUGUGAAAGACCAAAGAGAAUGGGUCACUUCAAGUGGAGCCCACAAGACAUUAGUGAAUUUACUUGGUGCCCGAGACACCAAUGUCUUGUUGGGUACUCUUCUGGCACUGGCUAGCCUAGCAGAGAGUCCAGAGUGUAGGGAGAAGAUCAGUGAACUCAACGUAGUAGAAAAUCUGUUGAUGAUUCUGCAUGAAUAUGACUUACUCUCUAAAAGACUCACUGCCGAGCUCCUGCGCCUGCUUUGUGCUGAGCCCCAGGUGAAGGAGCAGGUAAAACUCUAUGAGGGGAUCCCCAUCCUGCUCAGCCUGCUCCAUUCUGACCACCUGAAGCUGCUGUGGAGUGUCGUCUGGAUUCUGGUCCAGGUGUGUGAGGACCCGGAGACCAGUGUGGAAAUCCGGAUCUGGGGUGGGAUCAAGCAGCUCCUUCAUAUCUUACAGGGAGACCGAAAUUUUGUUUCUGACCGGUCCUCCAUUGGAAGCCUGUCCAGUGCAAAUGCUGCCGGACGCAUCCAGCAGCUGCAUUUGUCAGAAGAUUUAAGCCCUGGGGAAAUCCAGGAAAACACUGUCUCUCUCCAAGCAGCCUGCUGUGCUGCCCUCACCGAGUUGGCCCUCAACGACACCAAUGCCCACCAGGUGGUUCAGGAAAAUGGUGUAUAUACAAUAGCAAAAUUAAUUUUACCAAAUAAACAAUCGAAUGCAGCAAAAACUAAUCUGCUACAGUGUUAUGCUUUCAGAACCCUGAGGUUUCUCUUCAGUAUGGAAAGGAACAGGCCACUGUUUAAAAGACUUUUCCCCACCGACCUGUUUGAGACCUUCAUUGACAUAGGACAUUACGUUCGGGAUAUCGGUGCUUAUGCGGACUUGGUAUCACAGUUGAAUUUACUCCUGGAAGACGAGCUGAAGCAGAUUGCUGAGAAUAUUGAAAGCAUCAACCAGAAGAAAGCGCCCUUGAAGUACAUAGGUGACUACGCUCUGUUGGACCACCUUGGAAGUGGAGCGUUUGGCUGUGUUUAUAAGGUUAGAAAGCGCAGUGGUCAAAAUCUUUUAGCAAUGAAGGAGGUCAAUUUGCAUAACCCAGCAUUUGGAAAGGAUAAGAAAGACCGAGACAGCAGUGUGAAGAACAUUGUUUCUGAAUUAACAAUAAUUAAGGAGCAGCUUUAUCAUCCCAACGUUGUACGUUAUUAUAAGACAUUUUUGGAAAAUGACAGGUUGUAUAUUGUUAUGGAACUGAUAGAAGGAGCCCCACUUGGAGAGCACUUUAGUUCUUUGAAGGAAAAACAGCACCAUUUCAGUGAAGAACGACUGUGGAAAAUAUUUAUACAGUUGUGCUUAGCUCUUCGAUACCUACACAAGGAGAAGAGGAUUGUUCACAGAGAUCUCACGCCAAACAACAUUAUGUUGGGAGAUAAGGACAAAGUGACAGUUACUGACUUUGGCCUGGCAAAGCAAAAGCAGGAAAGCAGUAAGCUCACGUCUGUGGUGGGAACCAUCCUCUAUUCUUGCUGGACAGUGACAGGGCUCAACAGGAUCAAUGCUGUUGCAUCUUGA